AUGUCCUCGGACAACGCUGAGCCGGCCACUGAUAGCGGAUGGCAAGUCGUCCCAACUCGGCGCCGUCGCAAGGCCGCGCCAGAAAUACAGGCACAUGAGAACCCAGGCCAGGCGCCUACCGCACUCACAAGCGACACCAUCUCACCAGCAGAUGUCGCUGCGACAGAGUCCACUGGACCAAAAGCGGAAGUCGAGUCGAGUCUUCCCUCCUUUCCCCGCGCCCACAGAUACGACCGAAUCUACACAGCCGCACGCAACAAAAUCAUCAACUACAACCGACAGAGCCUCGCACAUUUCACCAAUCCGCUUCAAGUUGAGGCGACUACCCGAGCAGCCACUGAGUAUCAGAGGGGCGAGUCCAACGAAGCUACCCUAGCACUGGUCCGUCACAAGAAAGUUGAGCACAUCCAGUGCAAGCUCGUCCGAGGCCGAGGCCCAAAGGCUCGCAUCGAUGUGCUGAUGUGCCUGAACGGCGAAGACUGGGUGAGUCUCGACUCAUACCUUUCCGCCCUCAAGACUCCCAAAGGCCAGAUUCGUCGUGGUCAGAAGGGCAUCGAGCAACAGCAGGCGUGUUGGUCAAAGAAUGGGAAGAGCUUCAACUUCCUCGGUCUUCCGGCCGAGCUUCGCGAUGGAGUCUACGAGAAUCUCAUUCCUCAAGACGUCUAUCCAGUCACCUACGCGCACGGCAUCGUACCAUUCGGACAUGGCUCUGAGCGGCUUCUGCAAUGUCCUCAGCAGCGGUACCGAAAGCAUGAUCCCACCCACAAGAUCGUACCGCAGCCAGACAUCGCCGUCGUUGGCACUUGUCGUCAACUCAAGAGUGAGGUCGACCGCUUCCUAGAGAUCGAGACAUCCAAAUGCUUCACGGAGCCGUCGAACCUCAACCAAUUCAUCCACAAACUCGGCGAUCCAGACAAGUUCAACAACUUCUCCCACGUCGAAUUGGAUUUCUCUCAUCGCGAUUACAUGCACUUCUUCAAGGUCGAAGUCCCACCAUUUCCACAGAUGAGCGACAAGUUCGGCAAAGUCGGCGCCCCUGAUCUCGCCGCCACGCUCCGCGAUCUCCCUCACAUCAAGUCAAUCACCCUCCGCUUCACCUCCCCCUUCGACGCAAUGAUGUACGACCCAUUCGGUUACACAGGCGAGUACCGCAAUGACCUCGACUGGUAUCACGACUGGCACGGCAAUCGUGAACAAGACGGCUUCGCAACCUCGUGCCAGAAGACCAUCGUUGACUGGAUCUUGACAUUCGCCAAAGAAUACGUCCAGCACAUCCCGGAGAUCAAACUCGCAGGUGCCAUCAAGAACAGCACCAAGAUGAAAUGGGACCUGAUCUUCAAAGAGGAGAAGAACUGA